AUGGGGGCGCUGGAGCGCAGGCGGCUGGCGCGGCGGGGGCGCAGGGCGCUGCUGCUGCUACUGCUGGGGGCCUGCGGGCUGCUGGCCGGCACCUGCUGGACGCUGCUGGCCCCGCAGCCCGAGCCCGGGGGCCCUCGGCCCAGGCCCGGUCCCCCUCCGCGGACGGCCAGCGUGCUGCUGUGGUGGGAGCCCUUCACCGGCGGGCCCGCAACGCGCCCGCCGCCCGACUGUCUGCGGCUCUUCGGCAUCGGCGGCUGCCGCGCGCUCACCGAGCGCAGCGAUUACCCGGCGGCAGAGGCGGUACUGCUGCACCACUGGGAUGCUGCACGGGCUUCCUGCGCUCUGCCCGGCCACUGCCCCGCCGCGCCGCGGCCCCCGGGCCAGCUCUGGGUGUGGAUGAACUUCGAGUCGCCCACGCAUUCGUCGCCGCUGGUUAACUUUCCUGCGCAAGCCUUCAACUGGACACUGUCCUAUCGCGCCGACUCCGACGUGUUCGUGCCCUAUGGCCGCCUGCGCCCGCGCCGCCACGCGCACGACCCGCCCGCCGGCCCUGCGCCGCCGCUGGCCCGCAAGCGCGCGCUGCUGGCCUGGGUGGUCAGCCACUGGGACGAGCUGCACGCGCGCGUGCGCUACUACCGCCAGCUGCAGCGCCACGUGCCUGUGGACGUGUUCGGCCGCUCGGGCCACGGGCGUCCGCUGCCGCGCAGCGGGCUGCUGCACACAGUGGCCCGCUACAAGUUCUACCUGGCCUUCGAGAACUCGCAGCACUCCGACUACAUCACCGAGAAGCUGUGGCGCAACGCGCUGCAGGCAGGUGCAGUGCCGGUGGUGCUGGGUCCCCCGCGCGCCAACUACGAGCGCUUCCUGCCGCGCCGCGCCUUCAUCCACGUGGACGACUUCCGCAGCACAGCCGCGCUGGCCGCCUAUCUGCGCUUCCUUGACCGCCACCCCAGCGCCUACCUGCGCCACUUCCACUGGCGCCGCAGCCACGCCGUGCGCACCACCGCCUUAUGGGACGAGCCCUGGUGCCUCACCUGCCAGGCGGUGCAGCUCGCGCGCGGCGAGCCUGGCCGCCACCGGGACCUGACGCGCUGGUUCUGGAGCUGA